AUGGGCAGUCGUGUGGAUGAUACACUCCAGAGCCUCUUCGAAAGCAUCGUUGCUCCGCCUCUCCCAGGAGAAGGACACGAAGAUGCAGAGGAUCGCAUUGAACAGUCCAUCCAGUGGGCAAAGGAGAUAGUGGAGGCUGGACAGCACAAGCCGUGCGACGAUGCCAACAAUGCACCACAAGCGAUCAAGAGAAAAUUGCUGCGAGAGAAUGAUUCGCCAAAACCGGCGUCGCGCUUUGAUGAUCUGUACAAGAGACUGCUCGUCAUUCCAGUGCUCAACCAGAAAUGGAAGAUUUUGCAUCUUCUCCGUCUCUUAGCAGACGCUGACCGCCAUUACGUCGAGCAGCAGCAACCGGAUGAGCCCGAGCCUGACCUCACCCCAUCACCUCUUGCGCAGCGCCAGUCAAUGCGCCCCAAUUCAUCUCGCCUUCCGCAACGGGACGCAAGACCGUCUACUGCAGGAACUGAGGUCAACCACAGCGGACAGGCCGACACCGAUCCAGCCCAUCAUCACACUUCACCAUUCGCAUCACGGCCCAAGAGCAGUGGUAGGAAUGAGCCGCCGCCGCGAAGUGCAGGGAAAGACUCAGUGCCACCUCCAAAGCCGCGCGCGCAGUCUGGGCCAACGGAAAUGGACCUGCUGCGCGAUCUGCCAUUCAAUCUGCAAGGCCUAUCUUCCACGAAUGUGUCUUUGGCGUCUCCUGGCAAAGCCCAGCUUCCGUCCACCUUGCCCGUCCCUAUUCUUUCACUUCUGUACACCCUGGCCGAGCCGUGUCUGCUCUACAGAGAGCUAGCAGACUUUACUUCUGGGCAAGGUGGCAGCCUCAUCAAUCAAAGCCUGCGAGCCGCGAUCAGCCAGGAACUUCGUGCAUAUUUGAGCUUGGUGGCGACCCUGGAGGGCGAGGUCAGACGUGCACUGGCACUCCUUGAUCAAGGUGAUAGCCUCAAGAGCGUCCGUUCUGCAGGCGUCACCUUGAAACGAUGCGUCAUAUGGACUAAGGACGCAACGAUGGGCUUGAGGCUAAUGAGUCUGUUCGUCGAGGAAGCAAAACGCCGAAAGGGCGGUCUGAUCAUCUCACUCAUCCACGACCUCUCAAGCACACAUGGCGACCCCUUCGUUGGCGCGUUCGCUAGUAGAAUGCUUGCACAGGUUGCACGACCGUUCUACGAGAUGCUGCGCCAUUGGAUCUAUGACGGAGAACUUGUAGACCCGUAUCUCGAGUUCUUCGUCAUCGAGCCGGACCCAAGUGAAAAGCCUGACGUUGAUCCUCGGCGAGUUGCCACGUCGAUUUGGGAAGACAAGUAUUCUCUCGACUCUGGAAUGGUACCAUCAAUAGUCUCAGCAGAGUUCGCGAAGAAGGUGUUCUUGAUUGGCAAGUCCCUCAACUUCAUCAGAAACAACUGCGGCGACUCCGACUGGGUCAUACAGUAUUCGAAGUCAAAUUCAAAAUCCCUCGACCACGCUAAUACCGCCACACUCUUCUCUUCUAUUGAUGCUGCUUAUGCUUCGACGAUGUCACGACUUACGUAUCUCAUGUCUUCCAAAUUCGGCCUUUUCACUCAUUUGGCUGCCAUCAAAAAGUACCUGCUUCUUGCUCAGGGCGACUUUAUCGACUUGUUAAUGGAAUCAUUGGCGCCGAACCUUGACCGGCCCGCAAACUCACAGUAUCGGCACACGCUCACUUCCCAGCUAGAGCAUGCCAUACGGCAUUCCAACGCACAGUACGACGAUCCAGAAGUGCUAAGGCGCCUAGAUGCGCGAAUGCUGGAGUUGUCUAGUGGGGAGAUCGGAUGGGAUUGCUUCACCUUGGAGUACAAGUCUAGUGCGCCAUGCGACGUGGUGAUAACGCAAUGGGCCAAUACCCAGUAUCUGAAGAUCUUCAACCUCCUUUGGCGAAUAAAGAGGGUCGACGUGUUGUCUGCAGUCAACGACAAGCUUGGGGAGGAUUGGAAGCGCGCAAGAUGUGUAAUUGCCGAAAUGGUCCACUUCGUCAACCAGCUGCUGUACUACAUCUUGUUCGAAGUCAUUGAAGCGAGUUGGACAAUAUUGCAGACGGAGCUUCACAAGCCUAACUCGACCUUGGACGAUCUUAUUGAAGCUCAUACUAAGUACAUCAACAACAUCACACGCAAAGGGCUACUUGGUCAACAGCGACACGUGUCCACUGGGCAGCGUGAAGACAGUCCGUUGGCGCAGCUGCAUUACAUUCUCAAGGCAAUGCUAUCCUACCGCGAUGUCGUUGACAGCCUGUAUUCAUACAGCGUGGCUGAGUUCACCAAACGACAGCAGUUCUCUGCAAAGAUCGAGCAGCGGACCGCCGCAGGCAAAUGGGGAAUUACCGAGAAGGACUUAGCAGGUGAUUCUCGUGCAAGCACGCCGAGUCUGUAUCCUCCACAGGCCGCUAAGGUUGGCAGUAAGCUCGCUGAGUUUGUUGAUUCUACGAACUCACCACUGCUCCAGCCCAUCACCAUCGGAUCCGCGGCAGACGACCACGCGCUGCUGGAGUCUUUGCGAGCCCGCCUUCUGCAGGUUUCUGCAGACUUCCGAUCUCGAGUAAACAUGCUGUUGUACGACCUAGCCCACCAGCCUGAUGCUGAUCUGCGAUUCCUUGGUGUCGUGAUGAACUUUAACGAAGUGUACAAGCCUGUCAACCAGCGAAGAGCAAAGCGUCGGGAGCAAGAGCGUGAGAGAAGAGGCAAGGACGGCGGAGGAAGCAGUGAGGCGACUGGCGUAGGAACAGCAGAUGCUAAUGCCAUUACCAGCCAGCCCGAGAGUCGGAAGGUCAGCGAAGCGGUUUCAUCGGUCAGAUGA